AUGAGCGAGGUUUCAUCCACCAGGCUCUACCUGGGCAACCUGCCUCGUAACGUCACCAAGGCUGAUGUCGAGGCCCAUUUUGCGACGCAUGGCACCGGUGAGAUCACCGAGGUGAAGCUCAUGAAUGGCUUCGGCUUCAUCGAGUAUAAGGACCCGAUGGAUGCCCGCGAUGUUGUUCCCGGUAGGAACGCCCGUUCAUUCCCGAUGGCCGAAUGGGUUUUCAACAGAUUUGCUGAUGCUCUCCUUUCUCUCGCAGCUUUCCAUGGAUCCGACUUCAUGGGCGAGCGACUCACCGUUCAAUUUGCCCGUGGAUCCCGUAACCGGGAAGGUUUUGGUGCCUUUGAACGCGCUCCGCCGCGGCCGCGACGAACUGCUUUCCGGAUGCAAAUCACCGGGCUCCCAAGCGAUACCAGUUGGCAGGACCUCAAAGACUUUGCGCGCCAGUCCAGCCUCGACGUGGUAUACUCCGAGACGGGCCGUGACUCGGGUAGGGGAAGCUUCGUCGAGUUCGAGACGGCCGACGACCUGAGAGCCGCGGUGGAGAAGCUCGAUGGGCGGGAGUUUAAGGGCAGCCAGGUGCAGUGCGCCGCCGAUAUCCAGCCCGACAUGCCUCCUCGCGAACGUGGCCGAUCCCGCUCCCCCGGCCGCCGGCCGUACGCGCCUCCGUACGAGGAAUACGACCGUCGCGGACCCCCUCGCGCCGGCGGCGGCGGCGGCGGCGGCGGUGGCGGCUACAGCCCUCGCCGCGACCCUGGCGCGUACGGAUACCGCGACCGGAGCCCCCGCCGCGAAUACUACGACGAUCGAUCCCGCUAUCGCUCCCCUCCCCGCCGCCCGAUGGAGGAUUACCCGCAGGCGCCGUGGGGACGAUACGAAGACGCGUACCGCCGCGACUACCCUCCGCCUCCCGCGGAUCCGUACGCCAACGGCCGUCCCCCGUACGAGCGACCGCCGAGAGACGGGCCACCUCGGGAGCCCGCGUACCCGCCCCGGGACGGGUACACUCGCGAGUACGACCGAGGCGGACGCUACUAA